AUAGAUGGCCUUGCUGGGCGAGACUCUUUAUCCUGUGCGAGGGUAGUGAAAAGUAAAAGUCAAUGUUCAUAGCCUGCUGCCCAGCUGCUGCCAGUACCUUACCGUUUCAUGAAGAAGCAAUCAAAAUAGGGCAUUAUCCUGCUCGUGAAACCUCAUCAGCUGCUAGCGUCUUUUUUCAACAAGAAAUAAAUGAAUCAGCUGCGGGAUAGUUGUCUUCCAAAGUGACGUUCGUCAAACAGGCAGUACGGAAAAGCCAUCAUAUGACUGAGGACUCGACUCAGCAAAUUAGUGGGAAGGUAUGGCAGUUCGUGAAAGAUAAUAGAUCGAAGAAGAAGAAGAACAGCAAUGACGAUGCUCGACCAUUCAUAUGACUACUCGACUCAGACAGCCGCGGAGCACGGCCCACCGAUCGGUGACCCUGCCGAGCCGCUAUGGCGGUCACGGCGGAACGCGCGGAUCCUGAGCGCCGUGCAGCGGAUCGGCCAGCGCUCGGCGGAGACGGCAGCGCGCACCGACAGACUCCGGGCCGCAAAGCGACGACACGAGCGGCUCGUCCAGCACCUACUCUAUGACACCUGCGACGAGGAUGACGUCACUCCGACAGUCGGACGGCGGCCAAUUUUACCGGAACUGACGAACGAUCCUCCGAGAGCGACUUCUGGAUCCGUGAGAGCGAUUCCGCGAGAUGUCCCGGUUGCGGACGAGACGGAAGAUAAGGAUAAUGCCGACGCUGAAGUCAAUAAGUGGCUUGAUUCACAGCUCAAGUCGGGCAGUCGGUGGCGGAGGCUUCUGUCUCUGCUCCGCCGCCAGUCGGCGCUGCUGUCGCCGACAGCUCGCUCCCAGCUGCAGCUGUCCGCUUCAGAGGAGCUGCUCGUGCAGCGCGCCCUACAAACGGAGGCCGCUGAGGAUGCCGAGGCCGAGGAGGCCCGCCGCACCGCCCGCCGUCAGCUGAUGCUUCAGGUGUGGGAGCGCGAGGCUGAGCACCGCCACCAGGCGCAGGGCCCUCCGAGCCGCCGCUGCUCCGAGCCCGAGACGCGGCACACGCCAGAUGGGUCGCCUGCUGCGGCUCGCCGCCGGCACCAGUCCGCCGAGCUGCCCGCCCUGGAGCCAACUGACUGGGCAGAGCCCACCGAGCCCCCAUCGACUCCGGAGCCGGAGCCGGAGCCGGAGCCGCCUGAGGAGCAGCCGCCGCAGUCCAGCGCUCCCAGCUUCCCCAUGCAGGAUCCCGGAAAACAAGUGGAGAUCAAAGAAACGGAAAUUCAGCAGGUCCGGGAGCGUUCGGAGAACGAGUGGACGGCCGAGUGGGACUGGGCAGAGAGGGAGCGACGCUCCCGAGCUCGGACCUCCCAGAUGACCCGCUCUGAGGUCAGCGUGACGUCAGAGGUCAGCGUGACCUCGCAGAGCAGCGUGACCUCGGAGAGCGGUCAGGUCACCGCGCAGGGAUCGGCGGUCGAGGAGAAAAUGGAUAUACAGCAGCACGAGCAACAAGAGCAGGAUCAACAGCAGGGACAAGAACAGGAAAAGCAGACGAAACAGCUUGAAAACCAAGAGCAGCAACAGCAGACACCGGACGAAACGGGUCAGCAGCUGGAAGGUGACGAAGAAGCACAGAAUAAUGGAGAUAAGAAUUCUGCAGCGACAAACGUCACUGAACAAACUCACUAAGUCACUAUACGCGGACCGGUUUUACGGCGUUGGGCGACCAUCUCGAGGUAGGACUUAGGAGACAAAUGUGGGAUGAAUGAUGCUGUCCGUCAUAGUUAGACGGUCGAGCCAGGUCCCACUUUCCCGCCAGGGUAGACCACCCAGUUCCCCGAGAUGUCGUCAGGCGUCAACCGUGCUGAGCGUAGUGCUAAUUCAUCAACGCAUCCCCCACGACCCCUGCCGUUAUGCUGAGUGCAGUGCUGUUUCGUCAUACCCUGCUCUGAGACCCCUGCGACCCCUGCUUUCCUCGAACUCCCGCGCGGCGACCCCACCCUCUAGCGUUCUUUGCUGCUGGCUUCUAAGGUUCUUUUCAGUGUUUGUUGACAGAGCCAUUGUUUUGUUUUGGGCAGAUGCCUUUUUGUUGACGAUGUGGCUUCGUAACAUAUCGUUUGUGAAGUGGCAAAAUAAAUCCACUGGUUGUGC